GGGGGGGGGGGGGUGCCACGAAAAGCGCCGGGGACGGAUGGCUGCUAGCGGAGCUGUCACACUUGCAUACAAAAGUGAUUCCAAAUCGCCACAGCGCAUACAUACUUGCGAAUGAUGUGAUGCCGACGUUGGCGGCACCCAAUGGCUUUUUCUGGACCGAUUUCCGAGACCUGUCAGUGUUAGUGGCCAUAAUCCUCGGUUAAAUAGCACAAAAUGCUAUCCAUAUAAACCCCCGUCUGAGAAAUAGAGCUUUUGCUCGAACGCCCAACCACACCAUAUGCUCUACCGCCAGACAUUGCGGCAGGCUUCUUUGUCAGGCUUAUUGAUACAGAAACCCUUUCCACGGAUGUCGUCCAAUCUGACCAACGGCGCCUCUCAUGGCAAAGCCAUAAGCGAGAUCCCUAAAACCUGGAACUUCACCUCCAAGCUUCCAGCCGACUCUAUCUUCCCAACACCCGCCGAUUCCCACAAGACGCCGCGGGACCAAAUCGGACCCCGUCAGGUCCGCGAUGCGAUAUACACAUGGGUGCGCCCCGAAGGUGCGACGAGACCAGAGCUUCUCUCUGUGUCGCCCGCCGCUCUGAAGGACCUCGGCAUCGACCCCUCCACCGCCCGCGGCGAUCCCGACUUUCUGAACACCGUCGCCGGCAACAAGAUCCAAGGCUGGGACGAGGAGAAAUCCGAGGGCGGCUACCCCUGGGCCCAGCUCUACGGCGGUUUCCAGUUCGGAUCAUGGGCCGGCCAGCUGGGCGACGGUCGAGCGAUCAGUCUCUUCGAGACGACCAACGACAACGGAACGCGAUACGAACUACAGCUCAAGGGCGCGGGCAUGACCCCGUACUCCAGAUUCGCGGACGGGAAGGCUGUGCUGAGGAGUAGCAUAAGAGAAUUCGUCGUGUCGGAAGCACUGAAUGCGCUGAACAUCCCGAGCACCCGCGCGCUCAGUCUGACGCUCACCCCUGACGUGAAGGUGCGCAGGGAAACGUUAGAGCCUGGCGCCAUCGUAUGUCGGUUCGCACAGAGCUGGUUGAGGAUAGGCAACUUCGAUAUCCUUCGCGCCCGAGGCGAAAGGAACACCAUCAGGAAGCUGGCCACCUAUGUUGCCGAGGAUGUGUUCGGCGGUUGGGAGACACUGCCCGCAAGAUUGGAGGAUCCAGGCAAGGCUGCCGAAUCCGCCGAGCCUUCACAAGGAGUAAAGAAGGACGAGAUCCAGGGCCCGGAAGAGAGCGCCGAGAACAGGUUUACUCGCUUAUACCGUGAGAUCGUGCGUCGGAAUGCUCUGGUCGUCGCAAAGUGGCAGGCAUACGGCUUCAUGAACGGCGUGUUGAACACAGACAACACAUCCCUCUUCGGACUGUCGAUAGAUUUUGGGCCCUUCGCCUUCAUGGACAACUUCGACCCCACGUACACGCCCAACCACGAUGACUAUCAACUGCGCUACAGCUAUCGCAACCAGCCAUCGAUCAUCUGGUGGAACCUUGUCCGCCUCGGCGAGUCGCUGGGCGAGCUCAUUGGCGCUGGCGCCAAGGUAGACGACAAGAAAUUCGUCGAAGAGGGCGUCGAGGAAUCAGACGUCGAUGACCUUACGAAGCGCGCGGAGAAGGUCAUCAUGCAGAUCGGGGAGGAGUACAAGCACGUCUUCCUAUCUGAGUACAAGCGCCUCAUGACACUGCGCGUUGGUCUCAAGAACUUCAGAGAGAGCGAUUUCGAGGAGCUAUUUUCCUCCUUGCUCGACACCAUGGAGGCACUGGAGCUGGACUUCAACCUAUUCUUCAGGAGGCUCAGCGGUCUCAAGGUCCACCAGCUGGAUACCCAGGAGAGCAGAGAAGUCAAGGCUGGCGUCUUCUUCUACAAGGACGGCGCAAGCGGCCCUGCACCCAACGAGGAGGAAGGCCGCAAGCGUGUCGGAGAGUGGCUUGGCAAGUGGAGGGAGCGCGUCCUCGAGGACUGGGGCGAGUCUGGGUCUGCAGACGAGGAGAGGAGACAAGCCAUGAAGAAGGUCAACCCGAACUUCAUCCCUCGGAGCUGGAUCUUGGACGAAGUCAUCAAGAGAGUCGAGAAGGACGGCGAGAGGGAAGUCCUGGACCGCAUCAUGUGGAUGGCGUUGCACCCCUUCGAAGAGAGCUGGGCCGGCAAGACGCUUGACGGUGUUGAAUACCAGGGUGAUAAAGAUGAGGAGACGAGGUGGAUCAAGGAGGUGCCCAAAGCGAAGAGGGCUCUGCAAUGCAGCUGCAGCUCGUAGGCGGCGUCUUUUACGUAUAAUCCCCGGGCGGUGGCCUCUAUUUGUGUAUAUAAUUUGUAUUUAUUAGCGUGAACA